AUGCCGCAGCGUAAGAGUCACACCAAGUCUCGUCGAGGAUGCGCUGGUUGCAAACAACGUCAUGUUAAGUGUGAUGAAGCAAUUCCGAGCUGUGGCUACUGUCUCAAACGGGAUGUUGUUUGCAGCUUCAUCACCGAGAGCCGCGAAAAUACAGACAGCGUAAAAGCAUCACCUUCCAAUCAAUCGGAACCUGGAGCCCUUGCUUUCUCACAAUCUGCCAUCUCUAGGAUCACGGAAUUGAGCCUCAUGCACAACUGGUCGACCAAAGCGUACAGAACUCUUUGUCAACACUCGGACGAAACUCACCUUUGGCAAAUCGUGGUACCAGAAUUGGCUCUAGGUCACGAAUAUCUGUUGGAUGCCCUUCUCGCGCUAUCAGCACGACAGCUAGUUAUCGACGCUUCAGAGAAGGGUUCAACCUGGGAUCGUGCUGCUCUGGAAUACCAGAACAAAGCCCUUACAGGCUUUCAACUCGUUCUGGGUGACGUCAAUCUCUCGAACUGCGAGGCUGUAUUUGCGUGUUCGAUCCUCAUCAUGGUCUUCUCCAUGGCACAAUCUCACAUGGAAGGGAAAAAUCACCUCUCAGAUGCAAUUUUAGACAUUCUAGAGCUGCGUCAAUUUCUGAGCGGAAUCGGCCUGCUACAGAACGAGUAUCAUGAUUAUCUACGUCUCACAAGCUUUGGAGUAUUAUUUACUCCUCAUACGCCAACUCAGAUCGAGUCUGAGGACAGCACGGGAGUGCCACUGCCAGACAUGUGCCGUAUGGUCGAAUCUACCUUGGAACACUUGCGACGUGAGAUUCCCGACGACGUGAAUGCGAAGUCUUACUCCGAUUCCAUAUCUGAUCUCCAAGAAGCUAUGCAGAUCUACUGCACAGGUGGGCUUUUCUCGGGUAUCAUGACAUGGCCAGUGACCUUGGGCGACAACAUGAUCCACGUCAUCGAAAAUAGAGAGCCACUGGCUCUCGCGAUACUUGCACACUUUGGAAUCAUCAUACACUUACUCCGAGACCGAUGGUGGGCAAGAAGCUCUGGCAAGCGACUGGUCAGAACCAUACUGCCAAUUCUUCGAAAGUCCAAUGUUGCAUGGGCCGUUCUGGUACAACAAGCCUGGGUCGCAGUGGUCAACGAUACAUCAUCUCUGAACACUCCAUCGGAUUGA